AUGCUCAAGGAAGUUAGUAUGGCCGCAAAGGAGUACGCUCCCGCUGCCGUGGACAGGAAGACAGCCUACAAUGUCCCUCGCCCCAGAUUCCUCCACAUCUCGCCUAAGUUUGAGGGCUUCAAGUUCGAAGACUACCUGCCGCCCAAUGACGAGGCCACCGAGUCCAUCUACAAGCAGCCUUUCGACCCAAACCGCGAUUUCGCAAAGGAAUACGAUGUCUCGGACGACGAAGGCGAUCCUGCGUCCGGACGAAUUUCCCCUUGCACCUUCCGCCUCUUAGCCGAGGGUUGUGCCAAGAAGGACCCGAAGGAGAAUCAGGUGUACAUGGCCGAUGAUGCUGUACGCAUGCGUCCGCCGUCCCCCUUGGAGGACAGUCAGGGACACGUCGAGGUCGACCGUCUCGCCGUCACAUUUGAGCUCCAGCGAGAUAUAAACGAUGGCGGCUGGAUCACGCCCUGCUACUCCGUUGAUACGGAGCCCUCUAUUAUCUACUGUCCUCCUGGCGUCAAUCUGAAGCGCAAGAUGCGCAAUUGGUGGUUCGGUCUGUUUGAUCGCAUGGAUCCCAUAGCCGCACGCAACUUUCGCAAGAUCGAGUUCCGCGAGGCCAACGAUUCCAUCGCGCCCCUUGAGACGGUCACCGAGCACUCAGUCCCGUCCACUACCUCGAGCGAGCGCAGACACGCCUACACCGACGUGGAGGUCCUCGAGGCCCUUCACGCCCCCGGCUCGCGCCGUGUCGCCGGCGUUGCCCCGCAGAACGCCCAGCUCAUCAUCUCGCAGCGCUGGCAGACGGUGACGCGCUGGAAGGCGCAGGACGCGGAGCUAGCCCGCGAGAACGACGGGAUGCGCGGCGCCAUCGAGCGCGCCAAAAUGGAGCUGCGCGAGAUUCGCCUGACGGUCGACCACCUGCUGCAAAAGAAGGCGGCGGAAGAGCUCGCGAUGCGCCAGCGCAAGCACAACCGUGUGCUGCGCCGGGUGUCGGCGCACCUACACGAGCUGCGGUACGAGAUCCAGAGCAAGCUCGACGCGCUCAAGAGCGCGCAGGCGCAGAACUAUACCAUGAAAGCGGAGCUGGCCGUCCUGCAGGCCCAGAUCCAGGAAGAAUGCUCGAGGGCCGACAUGGCCAGCCCCGACGAGGUGCGGAGGGCCGUCUCUCAAGACUUCCGGGACAAGAUAGCUGCUAUGGAGCUUGCUGACUGCUUCUGA